AUGAGUAUAUGCCGCAACGAUGGCCACCAUUCACCCAUCAACCCCACAUUCACCUUCUGGCCACAUUACGGCGAUGAGGAGAACCAAGAGAAGCGAACGGUGUUUUUCAGUUAUCGCGCUAGAAGUACCACCGCCACACCUGCAAGAAAUGUAGAGGGAAAUAAAAUCAAAAUAUCCCCCCUAAACAGCAACCAGCUCAAGAUCGUGAGUAAAGGCAGCAAAAAUUUAGCUGAAGUUUUGACACCAGGGAUAUCUACAACACCCACAUUAACUUCGUCCUACAGACGCCCAAAGGAUCGACCUUCGGCCCUCGUCUCACCACUCUCUUCAUUUGAGCGUUCGCGUGGCAACAACGUUCGGGUGAGUCACCUGCGUUUGAAUCCUGCUACCGUUGGGGCCCCGAGAGCUCUGCUGAAGAAGACACCACCACCACCACCACUACCCCCACCCCCCUCUCCACAGCCAUCACCAAGGCAAAAAUUGCACCUGUGCCUACAGCCAUGUGAGCUCACUUCCAAUAAAAAUGCGACGGCAACCACUGCCUCGCAUCUCCAGCUGCCGUCGAGCCAAAAUAGCAAGAAGUCCUAUACUUCCUCCAUUCAUGUCCGCGUAAGUCCUAUUGCGUCUCCCAUUACACUCGAUUUGCGUGAACCAAAUACUACCUCAGCUUCCACAAGCAAUGCAAUUCCUCAAAGCCCCAACUCACAUCCCACGAUAGUACGCCAUCAGUUUGCCUCCUCCCAUUGCCCAUUCAACUUCAGAUACAAGGGGAUGCAGUAUGCAGAAGGUGUCACAUUGCCGGAUGAGAAGACGGCAUUCACCGACACCGAGGCGCCCUUACCGAGUCCACGCAUCAUCCAGCAGUCCUUCGAUGAGAGGCAUGGUGGAGUUAUGCCCAGGACCAAAGAAUGUGCCGUUUGGAAAAACACAUGCGAUUUACUAUCCAACGAGGCGACAAUAUCGCAAUCUCGUGAAUCGGUGUUUCCCUUCCCAUUAGGCGAUUGUAAUGACCUAAAAGAAUCGAAAGAGAUUGACAAUGAAACUGCAAACUCAAACAGGCUCCGAAUUGUUUCACUUCGAGUGGGACGCGCGUGUGAAAUUGUGCGUCCUUUCUCAUCUUUUCACUCGCUCACCUCCCUAGAGGGUCUCCAAAAAGCUACAUUCGAUUAUUUUACAUCUACAAAAAUGAGAGCUAUUGACAGCACUCCACGCAUCCUGUUCCACGAUUCAGUCAGCGAACCAAUGGUCUACAAUUCUUACAAACCGCCUGAUCCCUCUUCUGAACGGCAUUUUGACAUGCCUCCCGACAGAGUGACCACUCCUGGUUCACCCUACUUGCCAGACGACAAUGUCUGUUUUCAGACAUUGGGUAACUAUUCCAAUGCAUUCCUUGGAGAGAGCUGGACACUGCCAGAGACGGCAAAACAAAAAGUGGCUGUUCCGCCGCCAAUGCGAGAGGUAAAACUAACUCCUCAAGAGACAAUAGAACGAAUCAACAAAUUGCGCAGCAUCCUUCGAAUCGACGAAAAGUUCUACCCCCUCCAAGUGGACAAAUGCGUUCAAGUUGAGCAGCGUGCAAGAAAUGCUCUAACUUCGUGCCAAGCAUCCAAAGAGUGUCAGGUGGAUCAAAUGUCCACAGAUUUUUGGGAUACCGCGACUAUCAGCGAUACUCAGUCUUUCAAUGAGCAUAGUGCUAUGAACACCAAUAUUGUUGAGGAUCAUGGCGAUUGUGUGCCACAGCCAUCUUUUCGUAAUCAUCCUCAUCCACAGGAAAACGCUUCCUAUCCACUUCGUAUGGGAAGGGAGGAGCCGAGGGUACAAAAUUCUUCACCAAAAUCUGUUCGUCGUCGAUGCCAUACUAAACUUUCAAAUCUGAAGAGGGAAGAUGAAGAGGAUACAGAACUUAUCUCGGGAGCGCCAUUUAUGACAUCUCGGACGGUCAGAUCCAUGUCGGUGGGUGAAAGUCAACGUCUACCACCGUCCGAACAGGGCUCGUUCUUCGCUGUCAAUGGAUCCUCGUCACCAAUUUCGACAAAACGGUGGGAGGAGUGCCUAAAUCAAGUGAACGCAAGACGCCGACAUCACUCGGCCUCAAGCAAUAUCCACUUGCGCUCUUCACGACCGAAGCGAACCUCUCGUAAACCCUGCACCACUGAUCGAAAAAAACAACAAGAUUUGAGGUGCAGUUUAAUGCGCCAAACAUUUGCGUCAGCUCAACGUUGCAAAGCCAGUCGUCCUAGUUAA